UUAUCAUUGCCCACUUUGGGAAGUUACAAAGGUAGAGCAUUACUCAUUGCCUUUGCAUUCUUCAUAGCAGUUACAGGACCUGUGUUGAAUAUUAUACGAAAUAUUGGGAUUUUGGCCCACUGUAUCUCUUGUGGGCAAACAUUAUUAAAGCAGGCUCUGAUUCCAAUGCAUGAAAUUAUGGGAGAUCCUAUUUACGCUGUCGAACAAUCCAUUAAUACCACCAUGUCUGAGGUCCGCAAAAUAAUGGAGCAUUUGGAGAGGGUCCUCAAUCAUUUGGGGGGUCCCAUUGCCACAAUACAUUCCAGCUAUAGGACGUGUGCAGAAUGGUUGCGCCUUCAGCAAACUUCCUUUGAAAAUCAAAUGGGUCAUCCCUAUGAUCGUUGUAUUGGUGCCGGAAGCAUAAGCAUUCAGGAGUGCCGGGCAAAAUUUGGUCAUGAGAACAAAGCUUGCAUGGCCAAGGAGCGUUUCGAAUGGUUCUGUGGUAAUUUAAAAGAGCUUUCAUCCUUUUUCGAUGGGAAUCUACAGCUACAGCAGAAUCUGCUCGAAGACAUCUUUCAACACCUCUAUGUUAGCUUUGCCAAAAUCCAUUCUAUAUUCGAGGUAACCAUUACUUUCGAUCAUAAUCGUCAGUCUGGAAUUACCAGUAAAAUAGGCAACAGUAGCGAUGUAAUACUAGAACACGAGAUAAGCCGUCAUUUGGAAUCGCAAAUGCAAAGCUUUUUAAUCGUAUUCCUAUGGUUGGAUACGGUAGUGUUUAUAUUGAUUUUGACUGUCCUAUUAAAAUCAAUAUAUUUUCGAAUGCACUAUUUGGGCAGCAAUGACUAUGCCAAUGUCUAUUUGAUGCAGGACUUUUACUCCUACGAUAAGCAACUGCAACGUUUGAUGGGUGUCAGUGCUUUGCCUUUGCGGGCUUACGAACAAACGCGAUAUGUGAAGAUAACUUCCUUACGCCUUUUGCCUAUCGAAAUCAGUAUUAUGACACGCUCGGUACUCUUUCUGAUCAUCACGGGUUUUCAACUGUUUACCAUUUGCUUUGUGGACUAUAGUCUCUAUUGGAUGAUGGCUUUGAUGUCCUAUCAUUCUCAUAGAACAGCUGAAUUGCAGCCUCGUCCAUAUACAAAGAUUGUGAUCAAAGGUGGUGGCAUGAUCGGUAAUAUAAUUCGUGGCGUGGUCCAUGGCUUUGAGCCAUUGGUCAAGAAUUUAUUUAUAGAUACAGUGAAAUGCUUGCCAAUACCGGGACCACCUAAAUAUCUAAACUAUUGGGAGAUUUUCGUGCUAUGCAUUAUGGCAUGGUUUCUGUUAAUCUGGGAACCGUAUAGCUUGCGCUUACGUCAUCGUGUCAUGACUUGUUUUUAUCCUGAGCAUGGAAGUACUCGGGCCCAGUAUUUAUGUCGACGCAUUCUCAAGGAUAGAGAAACAUUUAUAAAGGGUGCUCGUCGCAAAGCUCGUUCUCUACACACCUAUGCCAAUCAGGACGAAGAGUUUAUCUGUAUUAUGUGGUAUCACACACUUAAAAAUUGGUGCUGCGGUCGUUUAACUGGCAACUACCUUGGCAAAGUUUGCCUCAUUUGUAACAAAGCGCUAACAAUAUCGGAUAAUGUUAGCUGCAGGACACCCAAUUGUAACGGCAUCUAUUGCCAAGUUUGUUUCGCAGAGUCUAAUUGUUCUUGUAUACUGUGCAAUCCACCCAGUGUCUAUGGUGACUACAGUGACAUCUCUGAAAUUGAGGACUCUUCGGACGAUUCUGAGAGCAAUUCAUAUAGACCCGAUGGAAUAAAAUGCAAUGAUCGUCACAAAAGUGCUUAAAAAAAUAUAAAAGGUUUUGAAAAAUCAA